UGAUAUUCUUUGAUUGUAAGGUCACUGCAUCCACAGCGACGUGCGUACCUGUGUCGCUCUCUAGCAGCAUCAGGACCGAACUGGGCCUGUUCCCAGCUAAUUUUGCCUGAUUGAUUGGCGGUGGUGCCACUAUGAGUCGUCACGCCCCAAGCAUGCUCGUGGUUGUUGUUUUCUCACUGCCAAAAAUUACCUGGAGGAUCGACGGCCUUGUUGGGAGCAUAUCAUUUCGCUCGCUUUUAUGCGGGUUUCGCUCUCCUCCCUUACUCUUGCCUCAGUUUAACACCGUCCUUUUUACUCUUUUUCCUCUAACGACCACGCGCUCUCUCCUUCUCCCCUCUUCCCCUCACUCCUUUCCUUUUCCCUCGCCACCCUAUUUUCCGCAUAUAUUUCCUUUUUAUUCAAAUUCCAUUCUAAUGAAGGUUUCACGGUUCGCGGCAAUUUUCGCAGUCACCCUAGUGGCAAUGUCGGCAGUCGCUGUCGCACAGGAUCCGCCCUCCUCUGAAGGGUCCCAUGCUGAUGUGAGCUCUGCGUCUCCCCCGCCUUCAACGUCAGAGGCACCCCCGAGUACUACUGAGAAGCCGCCGGUCACAUCGUCAGAGCAGCCCCCACCAACCUCCUCAUCGGAGCAUCCCCCGUCCAGCACAGAGAACCCGCCUCCUUCGAGCACGACUCCUCCGCCCCCAGAGUCAUCGCCGACAUCCUCCUCGCAGGGUGAGAGCAAGCCAGAGAACAACUCGAGCACUAGCAACGACAGCAAGGACACAGAUGCAGUCACUAUUACAUCGACCACCACAACUACCAGCUUUGACACGACUGGCUCUACCAGCCCAACUGAGAACACGGUGCCGACCUUAUCAGGUACAAAGGCCACUACCAAACCAACCCCGUCAGGCACACAGGAAGCCAAAAGCUCAGGGACCCCGACCGAGUCCAACUCCGGGAACAGGGAGACGCCCAAGUCGGGCAAGGGCCUGAGUGGUGGUGCGAUUGCGGGUAUUGUUAUUGCAAUCGUGGUGGUUAUUGGCGGUAUCAUUGGAUUCCUGUUCUGGCGCCGGUACCAGCAGAAGAAGCAGUUUGCAAAGAACAUUGAUUACAACGAGUUCCCCGAGUUCGAUCCGUCGCAGUCCAAUCCUGCGGUUGCUGCACAGCAGCCGCCGAUGGGUCAGGCCAAUGGGUACUACAGCGACAAGUCGAACCUUUCCACGCCGCACCACAACGGCUCGGUUGGUCCGGCCGGCGGUGCAGGCGGCGCCUUCGGGCUACCAGACCACCAGAACCAGGGUGUGUUCCUGCGCGAUUUGGACGAAGCGUAGAUACCCCGCAUUUGGCUCAUUCUCCCAGUCUUCAGAUGAAUGGAUAUGCGAAAAGGGGCUGUGCGCAGUAAUAUGCCCGCUCAGUGCGUGGAAGCCAAGCUGCAACGAGCCUGCUGUGUGCAGCGUUUUGAGUGUUUUUUGUAUUUUCCAGCAUGGAAUAGUCUACUGAAAAUAUGCAUCAGAAAAAUGUAUCGGAUUUCAGACCUAGCAUGGUGUUGCUAAAACUAACCCGUGUGCGCCACUGUAGCAUCGAAGCUGCUGGCACGGUGCUG